CGCUUGACAUCCUGUUUUCUUCCUUUUGGAUGUCUUGCUUCGUCGAGGUUUAGCGGCGCUAUUACGUUUUCUUGAUCUUGUCCCGUUUGGACCAAAUCGUUGUGUUGUCGAUAAGUAAUGCCGGAGGUUUUGCUUCGUGUUUGUCCUACCGUUCUCGUGAAAUCUUCCUGCUUGCUUUCUAUACUUCGUCUUCCCUUUUCUAGGUUGAUCCUCAAAGACCAUACUUCGUCGAUGGCUAUAUUAAUCUUUUGGGGGUUGAUUUUAUUGGCAGUUUUUCUGAUUUAUGUCCUUGUUGGACUGCGUUGGGUCUGCAAUGGGAUCUUCGUUGAUCAUGUGCAAAUAUAUUUCCAAAUUUGAUUUGUAGAUUUCUUUCCAAAAAUCGUCCUUCUCAUUAUGGCUAUCAAACUGGUGUUAUCACCACGGACAGAGAAUAGGUAGGUGGUGGGAGGGGAUCUGUGAAGUGGGUCUUCAAGACCCUGGAUCAACUCUUUAAACUUUUUUACUCUGCAUCUUGAGCUCCUUCAUCCAUCAACUUCGUUAUGAAACUUUUCCAUGACCCUGGUAAAGUCGCCGCAGACCUUGAUCUUCUUUCUGGUCUUAAAGGCGUGGAUGUUGGGGCUCAUUAAGUGGUCUGGUCCUUAGACGUUUCUGUCAUGGAAAGGAAAAAUACCACCAAAUGUGGCGCUUGGAUGAAACUUGGCCUCAUAAAAAUUAGCCGAUUUUUUUUUAAUGAAAUUUUCCUUUUCCCGUCUUCCUGUUCAUGAUUAAUCAUCACAAACAUUCUUUUAUUGCCUCCAUGAAUCUGAUCAACCAUGUAAGUGUUCUUUGCCCGACCAUCAUCGUCAUCGCCCAUCGGCUUUCAUCUUUUUUUUUUUGGGCAUUUCAAGCUUGUCUUGUACACAGCGAGAGAGAGAGAGAGAGAGAGAGAGAGCUGGCUGCUUCGUCGAAGGACGAGUGUCAGACUGGUGCAGGGCCUGGAAGGCGGGGGUGUGAGUUGGUUGAGGGGGGAGUCACAGCGAGGAGAUGAGCAGCGCGUGAGAAGGUGGAGGCCAGCUUGUUUACAUUUAAGAAGCAAACUCUUGUUAAAAGCAAAAAUAAUAACAAAAACGAAAACGUGUCUUCCUGUUUGCUUCCGAGCGUCAUUUGGAGGCUCAAAGUGGCAUUCUGAAAAACGUCUGUUUUCGAGGAUGACGACAGCCGAACAGUAUUUCACCAAAUUCCCAAAAUCUUUCUUUUCUUAACCUUUUCUAAAACCAGCCUUCUCAAACCUUUUCGUGCUUUUAAAUUACUUCAUGAUUCACCCUGAUGGAGGUUUAUGGUUUAUGGGUUAAAGGUUAACACCCCCGCCCAGCCCCACCCGACCUCUCUCUGUCUCUAUCUUGAUGCUAAUGCCGAUGAUAUUUGUCGAGUGCAUUUAUUGUUUGUCCACUUCUGCUGUCUGUUGGUUUGUGACCUUACUAGUACUUAUUUAUCCUGGUUCUGGUUAUUUCGCUUACGCUGUUAAAUCCUUUUUGGCCUGUGAUCUUUUUCUCUGAUGAUUCCUAGUUCUUUUCUUCGUCUAUACUAGCUUUAGUUUUGAGAACGGAGCGGUGGUUUUAAGAUUUCGUUUCUGGAACAAUAAGGGAACAUAUCCAAUACAGCAAUCUUCCGUUUGAUGGUUUGUACCUUAUGGGCUGUGUUGGGUCGAGGCAUCUAAAAAAACCACCUGGGUAUGAGCACCCUACUGUUCUUGCUGCAGAGACAUCUUUUACUGUGAGUGAAGUAGAGGCCCUAUAUGAGCUUUUUAAGAAGUUAAGCAACUCGAUUUUCACUGAUGGGCAAAUUCAUAAGGAAGAAUUUCAGCUUGCACUCUUCAGAAAUAGCAGGAAAAAGAAUCUCUUUGCUGACCGUGUGUUUGACUUGUUUGAUGUUAAGCGCAAUGGGGUCAUUGAGUUUGGAGAAUUUGUGAGAUCACUGAGUAUCUUUCACCCAAACACUCCACAAAUUGACAAAAUUAAAUUUGCAUUCAGAUUAUACGAUUUAAGGCAUACUGGCUACAUCGAGCGCGAGGAGUUGAAAGAAAUGGUACUGGCCCUUCUAAAUGAAUCAGAUUUGCAUCUUUCUGAUGAAUUCGUGGAAGCAAUUGUUGACAAGACUUUUGAUGAGGCUGAUGCCAAAGGUGAUGGAAGGAUUGAUCUAGAGGAAUGGAAAAUGUUUGUGGGACGAAAUCCUUCUUUGUUGAAGAACAUGACUUUACCAUACCUCAAGGACAUCACCUUAGCAUUUCCUAGCUUUAUUCUGACGUCUGAAGUUGAAGAUUUAGAGAGUUGUGGAUCUCCAUGUUCUUAGAGAAGCUGUAAAUUAUAUCAUGUUCGUCUCCAGGGUCUGAAGAGGCUCAUAAUGUUGGCCUCUGAUGAUUAAGAGAUGGCAUUCGUUGCCAGUUCUCUUGAACCAUCUCAUGCUGGUCUCUCCGAAUGCAAGUUUUGACUAGGGAUCCAGCCAUUUAUAUUUGCAAAAUGGUGCUGAUCUCUGCUAGCUCAGUUUUGUGCACUUGGGUCGGUAUGAGGUUUACAUCUUGCAUCCUCCUGAAUUGGGCUCAAUCCAUCUAAAGCUUCGCGCUUGUAGUGCUCCGCUUGUGGGAUGGCUUCAUGUGCAGAGCCUGUGAUCUUUUGAAGCAAGUUGUACUGAUGCAGCAUGUUGAGGACACACUGAUAGGAGAAAUAAGUUAAAAUAUGCCAUGACAUCUUUUUGGUUCCUUUGUGUACAUGUUUGUGAAUUGAACUUAUUGUAUUCAAUUUGCAAAACUGGACUGUCUGGUGAUGAAUCAUGUCCAUAGUUUGUAUUCGCUUAUUAUUAUUCACUGUGAAAUUUGCGUGGUAUACGUUUACAAACAGUUUAUUAUUGAGUAAUAAAAGAUAUGUUUAUUAGA